UUUGUCAUUCAUAAAAUGGUUUUUGUUUAGCCCAAACGAAUACUUUGUUUUCUUUUCUAAAUGAGUUUUUAGAUGCGUUACUUUUACUUAAUCAGUUGAAUUACGUACCGUAAUUAUGCGUAUUUCGUGUAGUUUUUAGAUAAAUAAGCAAUGUUGUGGUAUUAUAAUGUUUGAAGUGGAAAUAUGAGACUGCUGUCGUGGUGAAUAACACCCUUGUAAAUUUAUUAGUAGUGUUACGAAAUAGACAUAAUACAGGCCUCCGCGAUGGGGAUUAUGUACGAAAAGCGGCCGCUGAAACGGCCACGGCUUGGGCCACCUGAUGUAUACCCUCAGGAGCCCCGCCAAAAGGAGGAUGAGCUAACAUCAACGAAUGUAAAACAUGGGUUUUCCACAACACCACAAUCUAGUGAUGAGUUUGGUACUGCUAGGAAUUUUAAUUAUUCAGCAUCGAAGAUAGGGCAAUUCUUUUCAAGUAUACUCUCUAAAAAGGAAGAGUUAAAUACACUGCCUGAUUGUGGAAGGAAAAGGCAGCAGGUCAAUCCUAAGGACAAUUUCUGGCCUGCCACUGCUCGCACUAAGGCUCAAAUUGAGGCCUGGUUCAAGGAUUUAGCAGGAAGCAAGCCACUAUCUCAAUUGGCAAAGAAAGCACCAAACUUUAACAAGAAGGAGGAGAUAUUUAUAACUCUGACAGAGUACCAGGUAUCUAUGCCCAGAGCUGCCUGGUUCAUCAAGCUUAGUUCUGCUUACACCGUGGCUGUGUCUGAAGCUAAGAUAAAGAAGAGACAGUUGCCUGAUCCUACCACUGAGUGGACCACAACAUUGAUCAAGUUCCUCAAGGAUCAGAUACCGAAACUAGCUGAACACUACCAAAAUGCAGUCCCUGGCAAUGUGUCUGAUAAAACACCACCUUCGCAAUCUGGCCAAGGUACUCCCAGCCACAACUCGUCAGGCAAUCCGCCAGGUAGCUCCACGCCAAACUCCACUGCUUCCAACUCUAUGCAUUCUCCUGGAAAUUCCAGUACUCUCGGUUCAGGCACGCCUGGUCCGAGUGAGAGCACAGACUGGCGGCAGGCGUUGAAGCUGUGGAACUACUGCUGCCGCCUCGCCAAGUACCUGCUGGAUGAGGGACUACUGGACAGGCACGACUUCCUCACCUGGAUCAUUGAGCUGCUCGACAAGAGAGCACCUGACGAUGGGCUGUUGAGAUUAUUCCUACCUCUCGCGUUACAACACAUGAGCGAGUUCGUUUGCUGCGAGAGUCUCUCCCGGCGGCUCGCGACCUCCUGCGCUAAGAAGGCAGCAGCUAUUUGCUCGGUACUCUCUGAUACUACACUGAGAGCUCUCAACCAACCCGCUGUCUUCACCAAAACUGUUGACAGGAAUGCAGAAACAAACGGCGCACCAAUGUCGCCAGCGGCCGAAACGCCAGCAGAUGUCAAGCCAAAUAUAUCGCAAAUCAAACGAGAACCGACUCCCGUGGAGAGCCAGGGCACGCCCAAUCCUAAUCACUCUUUAGGCACUCCUAACCCCAGCCAUUCCUUAGGGACACCUAAUCCAAAUCAUUCCCUGGGUACGCCAAACCCUACUCAGCCGAUGGACGUGCAAGUUAAGGAGGAAAGGGCCUCUCCUGCUAGGGAGACGAAGCCUGCUCUAGCUACCGUUGUAACCGCUGCCAUGAAUCCGGUUCAAGCCGGUUUCGGAGAGAUACUCAACUGCUGUUACCAUAGAGAUGUUAUUAUACAACUCGCUACUAUUCUGCAGGUAAUCUGCAUCGAAUGCCCAACGGCCAUGGUGUGGUCAGGAUGCGGUUCAUCCUUACAAGGCUCGCCACUAGACCUCUUACCAAUACCACCAUCAGCAUUACCAAUGCCUCACAUGGACACUGAAGUCACAGAGGAGCACAGAAAAUUAGUCUAUGAGGCGGAACAAGAAAUCUCAGCCAGAAGCAAAAAGGCUGAGAGUAAAUGGUGCACAGAUAAAUGGCAGACCAGCUCGCAAGCGCGAGUUUUGGCGGUAUUAGAAGCGUUAGACAGACACUGCUUCGACAGGGUCGACCCUAACAACAAUUUGGACACGCUGUAUAAGGAAGUGUUUGCGAAUUGUCCUCCGCCGUCAAAGGAUAAUAGUGACACGAAGGAUCCAGAAUGGGCGUGUCCGUACUCCGUGGUGCGAGUGAUAUGUGAGUGGGCGGUGUGUGGGGCGCGGUGGGGAGAACAUCGCGCGCAAGCCGCUGCUGCUUUACUGGAUCGGAGGCAGCAUCACACUCUACACCAUCACCAUGACCACCACGCGACAGGCUCCGAUGAUAAAGAGUCAGUGAGCUCUGGCACUGGCAUGUACAACGGCCCGCCUAUAUUCCAGAACUUACUACUAAGGUUCCUAGACAAUGAUGCUCCAGUUCUGGACGAGAGUCCCAACGCCCCGCCAGGGAACAGGCAGCAGUUUGCCAACUUAGUACAUUUGUUUGGUGAGCUCAUACGUCGUGAUGUGUUCUCCCACGAUGCCUACAUGUGCACGCUCAUCUCUCGCGGUGAUCUGAUAUCUCCGACGGAGCCGACCUCGACUGGUGGCAGUAAUCACACAGUGGCGCCCCCUUCCAACAGUACCAGCACUCAUAACAUGGAUGAUGAUAUCUUCGCUGGUAUUGAUCUCAAACCAAAGAUGGAGGAAAACGUCCGAAUGGACCUGGACGACUCGAAGAUAGAUGAUGACCUGGACAAGCUGCUCCAGCAUAUCAAGGAAGACCAGCAGAACUCUAUGGAUGCGCCCGACAGUCCCAAGGACCCCGGCGAGCCUUCGCACAGUACGUGUUACAGCGUGAACUCUCCGAUGAUGGGGCCGGGCGGCAUGACUAUACCAGGCAUUCCUUCCAUCAGCAUGGGGCCCAUGUCUGUACCAGGUAUCCGCACGUCGAGCGCGGCAGGGUCGAGUGGUUGCGCGGGCGGCGGUACAGUGUCCCGGCACUACCACUACACGCUGCACUUCCCGCUGCCGCCCGCCGAGCCCGAGCACACGCCGCACGACGCCAACCAGCGCCACAUCCUGCUCUACGGGGUCGGCCGCGCCAGGGACGAGGCCAAACAUGCUGUUAAGAAGAUGACUAAAGAAAUAUGUAAAUUAUUCUCCAAGAAAUUCUCAAUCGACGUAGCAGAAGGCGGUAAAAUAAAGAAACAUUCGCGAAAUGAAUUCAACUUCGAAGCGGUCACCCAGAAAUUCCAGGCGAUGUCGAUGUACGAGCAGGGCGCGGUGUCGUGGGCCGUAGGUAGCGCGGUCUGCGAGGCGCUAGCGGCGUACGCGGCCGGCGCCACCACGUACCUGCCGCAGCCUGAACACGUCGCCUUCGCACUCGAUCUCAUGGAGAUUGCACUCAACGUGCAUGGACUUAUUGAGACUUGUAUACAGAUCCUGAAAGAGCUAUCAGAAGUGGAGAGUGCCCUGAUAUCUCGCGGCGCGCCCAGCAGUGGGCUAGCGGCGCCGCGCGCCUACACGUCGGCGCUCGCACUAUACACCGUCGGCGCGCUCAGGAAGUACCACUCCUCGCUGCUGUUAUGCGUAGAACAGACAUCAGCAGUAUUCGAGCAGCUGUGUCGUCUGGUGAAGUGCGUGGUAAACCCUGGGGACUGCGGGUCUGCAGAGCGCUGUGUCCUGGCGCAGCUGCACGACCUGUACAAGGCCGCCGCGCAUCUCUGCCACGCGCCGCAUGCUGAUACCUUCGCUAAUGCAUACCCUAAGAUCAAACAAGCUCUGUAUUCUCAGCUGCAUCCGACACCAUCCAACUAUCCAUACAAUCCUCAAUUUUUGAGUGAAUUCUUCACAAACCCACGGAAAGGUAAAAUAGAGAUCGCGUGGGCGCGUCAAGUAGCCGAGUCUCCCGCGAAUAGGUACAGCUUCGUGUGCUCUGCGAUGCUCGCUGUUUGCCGAGAAGUUGAUAAUGAUCGCGUGAACGAGCUGGGCGUGGUGUGCGCGGAGAUGACGGCGUGGUGCGCGGCGCUGGCGGCGGAGUGGCUGGGCGCGCUGGUGGCGCUGUGCGGCGCGCAGCACUACCCGGGCGCCGCGCCGCCGCCGCUCUACCCCGACCUGCUGCACCACCGCGACCUGCACGACGCCGCCGCGCACGACGCGCUCGCCGUCUUCACCUGUAUUCUUGUCGCGCGACACUGUUUCUCUCUGGAAGAUUUCGUGCGUCACGCGGCGCUACCGUCGCUGCUGAAGGCAUGCGGCGGUGGCGGGAAUACGGGGAACGCGCCCAACGCGCCCUCGCCCGACACCGGCGCCCGGCUCACCUGCCAUCUACUGCUCAGGCUGUUCAAAACUGUUGAUACGCCGCAACCUGGGCUGUACUCGGUGUCGACGUCCCCGGGCCCGGGCGGCGCGGCGGCGGGGGUCCGCCUGUCGUGCGACCGCCAUCUACUGGCCGCCGCGCACAAGAACAUCGGCGUCGGACCCGUGCUGGCCACGCUUAAAGCUAUACUCAUGGUCGGCGAUUCAACCGCCCGAGACGGUGGCAAAGCAGGCGGGAAGAAAUCGUGUGAGCUAUCACAUAUACUAGGCACUAGCGACACAGUGCCCACCGACGCACAACUAGACCUUAUGUCGAUGGUAGAUUCAGAGAUGAGUGGGGGCCAUAGAACUCCUAGGGGUAGCGGUGGCGUGGGUUCCACUCUCCUGGACUCCUCGCAGUCACUCUCGUCUCUAGCCCGAAGGGUCCUGGCAGAGAUAUGCUCUGAAGAAUGGGUACUACAGAAAUGCCUUCAAAACCCUGAUGAGUUAUACCAGCCUGAUAUGCUGUUGGAUCCUAUGUUGACUCCGAGACAGGCGCAAAGAUUGCUCCAUAUGAUCUGCUACCCUGAAUCAGCGAGCCACACUCACCCGGACCUCGAUCAGAAGACUAUGAUUACGAGGCUCUUGGAGAACCUGGAACAAUGGUCGCUGCGUAUGUCGUGGCUGGACCUGCAGCUGAUGUUCAAGCAGUUCCCCAGCGGGUCGUCGGAGCUCAGCGCCUGGCUCGACACCGUGGCGCGCGCCGUCAUCAACGUCUUCCAGCAGCCCGCGCCGCCGCCGCCUGAUAAAGACAGGACGGGCACGGACCGCGGCGUGGUGAGCACGAGCAAGUGGUCGGAGUCGGUGUGGCUGGUGGCGCCGCUCGUGGCCAAGCUGCCCGCCGCCGUGCAGGGACGGGUGCUCAAACAGGCCGGACAGAUUCUGGAGAGUGGUUGGGGCGCGGGAUGCAGCGGCAACUGUUCUAGCGGCGGCGGCGGCGGAGGCAGCUCACACAGAGACUGCAAGAGUCACCAGAGUCCUAGCUAUAAAGGGUCGGCGGGCGGCGGCAGCGGCGGCAAGCGCGGCGUGUCGGGCGGCGCGUGCGGCGGGGGCUGCGGCUGCGGCGCCGCCACCGCCGUCCGCCUCGCCAACGAGCCGCUACUGUCGCUCGUACUCACCUGUCUGCGCCACCAGGACGACCAGAAGGAGAGCCUGCUGAGCUCGAUCCACGCGCAGCUGCAGCACUACGUGACGCACGCGUGCGCCGACAGUUGGCAGGACGACGCGGCGCCCGACGCGCUACUGCUGCGGUUCUCGCUGGCCGGCGGCAUGUUCGACGCCAUCCGACGCUCCUACCAGCUCACGGCCGACUGGGCCGUGCUACUCACGCAGCUCGUCGCCCAUCAACUCAUCGAUGCUUAUAACAACAGUUUGUGUCGCAGCAACCUGUUCUCCACUCUAAUCGACAUGCUUGCCACUCUGAUACACUCGACCCUGGCGGACGGAGGAGACGACAACAAUAGGAAACAUUACCAGAAUCUCAUGAAGAAGUUGAAGAAAGAAAUCGGUGAUCGCCACGGACCGUCCGUGCAAUGUGUGAGACAGCUACUGCCUCUGUCUAAGAAUACUAUCAUUGAGGUCAUCGCGUGCGAACCCAUCGGAUGUCUCGUCGACCAGAAAGGGAACAAGAUCACUGGAUUCGAUAGUGAUAAGAAACAGGGUCUCCGUCUGACGGACAAGCAGCGCGUGUCGAGCUGGGAGUUGGUGGAAGGGGGGCGGAACCCCGCGCCGCUGUCCUGGGCCUGGUUCGCGGCCACCAAGAUCGAGAGGAAACCACUCACUUAUGAAAAUGCUCACAGACUAUUGAAGUACCACACUCACAGUCUCGUGAAGCCGUUGAGUUACUAUCUAGAACCGUUGCCACUGCCGCCUGAAGAUCUGGAAACUAAUGACAGCAAACAGGACAAUGGCAGUCUGGACUCGAGUCCGACCGGCGCAGGGAAGGCGAGAUCACGAAACGCUCCGUGCAAGAACAUCAAGAAAUCCAAACCUACUACUCCGACAAAUGGCGUCCCGGCUACGGGCGCCGCUGGUGGCGGCGUGGCUCCUGCGCCGGCGCAACAACCGCAGUUCAUGCAGCAACAACAACAGUGGUUCCCGCCGCCCGGACCCGGACAGAACUAUUACAACCCACCCGCGGGCGUGAGUCCCCGCAGCGUGUCGGCGGCGCCGCCGUCCAACAACCAGUCCAAGCAGGCGCUCAGCAACAUGCUGCGGCAGCGGGUGCCCUUCAACCAGAUGACGCAGAUGCAGCAAAGCGGCGGAUACCCCGGCGCUCCCCACGCGCGCGCCCCGUUCCCGCGACAGACCAUGCGGCAGUUGCAACCCAACCAGAUGGGAGCCAUGCAGUCUGCUCAAAUGAAUCCAAUGGGCGGGAUGGGCGGUAUGGGUCCAAUGGGACAAAUGGGUGGAGUACAAAUGCCGGGACAGAUGGGCGGUGGUCAGAUGGCGGCCGGACAGAUGAGCGCGGGACAGAUGGGCGCCGGGCAAAUGGCGGGCGGCCAAAUGGGAGGCAUGGGAGGACAGAUGUUCGGCGGGCAAUACGGAGGCAUGCAACAGGGAUACGGAGGAUAUGGACAGCAGAUGAUGCAGGGUGGACAACAGCAGAUGAUGAACCAGGGAAUGGGCCAAAGCGUGAACCAAAUGGGUCAACAAGUAAACCCGAUGAGUCAAGGAGUCAACUCCAUCGGUCAGAACGUAGGUCAAAUGAACCAAGGCGUCGGUCAGCCAACACAGAUGCCUCAGUCCAUGAGCCAGAUGAGCCAAAGUAUGGGACAAAUGGGCCAGCCUAUGGGACAGAUGGGCCAAAUGGGACAGGGUGGCGGUAUGUCCGCCAUGAACAGCCAAGGCGGGUCUAUGGGACCGCAAGGUGGUAACUCCAUGGGUGGAUUCCCUGGACAACAAACAUUCCAACAGAACAUGAUGGGUGGCCGCACGAGUCAAGAAGCGUACCUAGCACAGCAGAGACAAAAUGCUCGACCGCCUUACAUGCAGAACAAUAUUCUUCAAUCGCAGCAAGCGCCGAACGUGACAAUGGGCGGUAUGGGCGGCCCGGCCCCGCCGUACCCGCGCGGCAUGCAGAGCCAGCAGAACACGCAGUACCAGCAAAUGAACCAACAGCGCAUGCGGCAACAGAUGCUGGCCAUGCAACAGCAACAAGGGCCCCUCGUCCAACACCUGCAGAGACAACAGUACCAGCCCCCCUACUAGUCUACUGAACAACUAGAAUAUCUAUUCCGGCUUUCACUUGCGAAUAGGAACUUCAAGGAACUCUCUAAGCCUAAGCCUCGUGACACAAGGGUAAAUGGCCGUACCUUUUACAAUUUAUAAUCUUGUGGUCAGCUAAUAAGUUCUAUUUAUUUAUUUAUCUAUGUGUAUGAUGUUUUAUACCAGUUCUUAAUUCGCUACUUCAUGAUAGUUUCGUUUUCUUCAAACUUUGAGUCUGUACUCGUUAUUAAUGACUUUCGACAAAUCAAUGGUUACUAAUGGUAAGCGUCCACAGGUCCGCAUCGCACGCAUCGGACGGAUCGCUUCAAACGGAUUGACUGCGUCCGUACGAUGCGGGCCUGUGGACGCUUACCUUAAAAUUUUAGCUGACCAAUCGAUUAAUUUGACAGCUCUGACGUCACUAUACGUCGCCGAGGCAAUCCUAUUCUUAUUUGAAAUGCAAAGUACCAAAUAAUUAUAUAUCUGAAGUUAUACUAGUGGGAAUUUAUACCAAGACUAUACAUAUGUAUUUAUUUUUAGGAAGAUGCAUGUAGUAUAAAAUAUCUGUGUAGGUAAGUGUACCUAUACCGUAGUUUUUUAGCAGUUGCUUUGAAAUUGUAGUCAGUGUUACACUCUUUGUAACAGCUAAGUUACCUAAUUAGUUAAAUGUUAUAUCUAUAGUCUUGGUAUAUAAGGUUCUACUGUGAGAGAGAAAGCUGUUAUUCGUAAAAGAAGUCGCCAGUCAACUUGACUGAUAGCGGUUUUUUUCACCAUUGACGGCCUUUGCACGCGACAUUUUUUAUAUCUCUGCGUUUGUGCCACGAUAUUUACGCUCUUGUUUCUAUAUACAUAGGUGCGAGAAUCAUGUGUAUCCUGUGCUUCUUAUUUGUGUUCAAUGCGUGUUGAUACUGCGUAAUAAAAACGUCUUGUGCAAAGGCCUUCAUGUACGUACAUGUUGGACGAUCAAGGACCAAAUACAUAAGAGUUUAUUAUCAUUUCAUUGAAUAUCUUGGACCGAAUUUCUAAAACGUAAAGUCGAAAAUUGCAUGUUUUUUUAGUCACCAUUUUUUAACACCUGUAGUUGGCAGACCAGUAAAUAAAACUGGCAACCAUUCAUAGCAUUUAACUUAAGAAUUGACAAAUAAUUUGUUUUCAGAAUUGAUCUUAUUCAGAUCUCUUUUUACAAUUGUUGAAUGUGAAGUAAUUCCAAAUAUUUGGCAUGUCUUGUCUGUACAUUCAAUCCAAUUUUGAAAAUGUGAUAUGCCGUCCAUACACGGUGAUGGAAACGGCUAAUUUAAGUAAAGAUAUUGUUAGGCUAUUGGCUAGUUACUAGAGCUACACUAUAGUUAUCAGAUUUUUUUUUGUCAUCCUGAAUAAAUUUUCCUCUAUGCCUUGCUUUCAUAACUUUACUGUUUAAAGAGGCUCGUUUGUUGUUUAAUUGUAGAAUUCAUAAGCCAAUUAUGAUCAAUUAAUAAUUAUUUCAUUAAAAUGUAUGUAAUUAAAGUAUUUUACUAUUGAUGGUGAUUAUAUUGGCAUCACCAUAAUCUAUGUAAUUAAAAUAAUGUAAGUACUUAUUUGUGUUUACCAAAGAUACUCCGUAAAAUCAUUACUUAGUUUUGUUUUCUCCAUUUCUGAAACUGUAGUGUAGUUCUAUGACUUCUAGCAUAAUAAAUACAUAUUUUCAUAGACGAACACAGGACGAGUAUGACGAGAAACGUUUUAAUAUUUUAUCAAAUUAUUUAAGAACAAUAAAAUAUUGCAUUGUAAAUUGAAUUAUAAGAAACAAUACAAUUGUAUUUAUUUUUUAUUAAUUAUAAUUGAAUGGUCUUAAUUUAUGAGUUCCUAGGUUUGUAAUUAUAUUUUUGAGUAUUUGUCCUUACGGAAUCGGAUUUUGUAUGGUUGAAUCGAGGAUCUAUGAUUAUUAUGUAUGCUACAAAGCAAAUUGGAUGUACCUUUUUUACUACAUUCUAGUACAAUUAUAUGAACUCACAACCAUGAGUUAAUUUGUAAAUAAUUUGUCAUUUAUGUUUAUUAUAAGAAUAAUUUAGAUUAUAA